AUGACCAAGUUUCGACCCUGCAUUGACCUCCACUCGGGGCAGGUCAAGCAGAUUGUGGGUGGCACUCUCAGCAAUGUUGCCGAAGACCUGAAGACCAACUACGUCUCCAAACUCCCCGCUAGCUACUUUGCCGAUCUGUACCGGAAGCACAACCUCCGCGGUGGACAUGUGGUGAAACUUGGACCGGGAAAUGAUGAGGCAGCACAGGAUGCAGUUCGGACAUGGCCCAAUGGGUUGCAAGUGGCUGGAGGAAUUACCGACAAGAAUGCGCAAUACUGGAUUAAUCAGGGCGCCGAGAAGGUGAUCAUUACUUCAUUCCUCUUCCCCUCGGGCAAGUUCUCGAUGGAGCGACUCGAGUCAGUGCUUGCCGCUCUUGGCGGUGAUAAGUCGAAGCUGGUCUUGGAUUUGAGCUGCCGGAGAAAGGAUAAUACUUGGUUCGUGGCGAUGGACCGCUGGCAGACCAUCACAGAGAUGGAAAUCAACCAGGAAUCAAUUGCACUAUUGGAACCCUACUGUUCUGAAUUCUUGAUCCAUGCUGCCGAUGUAGAGGGUCUGCAGCAGGGCGUCGACGAGGAGUUGGUAUCCAAACUGGCCGCCUGGUGUACCAUUCCCAUCACCUAUGCCGGGGGUGCCCGCAGCCUACAGGACCUGGAGAAGGUCCAUAUUAGUAGCAAGGGCAAAGUGGACUUGACUAUUGGCAGCGCCCUGGAUAUCUUUGGCGGCUCCGGAGUGACGUUUGACGAGUGUGUUGAGUGGAAUAAGACCCAUUGA